UACAAAAGCAGAACCUGGUAUGUAUCGUUCGAUGUCUUCAGUGUAGGCAAUAGUUAAGAACAACGUUUCUACUCAGGUUCUCCAUGGCACGCGACGAAUAAAUGCCAAACCAAGAAAUUCUUAGGUUGCCUCACAUUAAUAAUGGCUAAGAACUAUUCUAUUUUAGAAUUUUGGAGUUCCGURAAAUGCAUAAGAUCCUCAAUGGGUCUUCUGACUUCCAUUGUUCUUCAUAGCAACUUGUUCAAGUACGAGAAAUGAGUUCUCGAUUACGUGAGAACCGUACUACUGCCCCCAAGUGCACCUCUUUGGGUGGUCCUAAAAGAACGUCCCCCACUUACUUAACAAUUUUCGAGUUGGAUUGAAACAAUUUUCGAAUUGGAUUGAAGCAAUGACAGUGCAAUGACCAUGUACAACAUGUAGAAUCAGUUCUGGAGACUAAAAUGCGUGUGAAUAAAAAUUAUCAUUUUUUUUUAACUCAUGAAAAUACACUAUGAUAACGCGGCGAGGUACGAACUUACUUGUACCUUACGUACUCAUUCUACGUGCUCAUACGUAGUCAUAGUGGUACCUGUAUGUUGCAUGGCACUAUUCUGUGCUAUCCUCUACCAGCCCCGUACGAGUACCGAGUAUUACCUACCACAUAUUCGGGUACGAUACCGUAUGACCAUUGAUCAUUGAUUUCGUUCUCUACCAUAUGUACAUGUUAUAUGUAUGUAACAUAUUUUGGUGGUCCCGGUUAUGACCUACGGUACCGUAUGACAAUUGAUCAUUGAUUCCGUUCUCUAUCAUAUGUGUGAAACGUAUGCUCUUUUGUGUCGUAUGUGCAGUAUGUACCAACCGUCCGGUACGUGUAUGAUUACGUAUGUUCUCUAGUGUCAUACUCGUACCUAACGUACUUUACAGUACGAACGUGUUUACAAUAAAGAGUGAGAUUUUUCACGAGAUACUCGUGACUGAGYGUCACAAUAUGUAAUUCGUACAUACGUACUUCAUGUAUGUAACAUAUUUUGGCACCAAAAUACUUUUAUGGCGUUACACUUUGCACUACGGUACCGUACAUUAAUACGUACCGGUACGCUAUGCCCUUGCUCAUUGCCCAAGGACCUUAGCCUUGUCAGAGGGCGGGGUCGUACCGUAAUAGCGACCGUUACAGCAUGUACAACAAGUACAAGCGCGUGUACACGACAUUUCCUCUGCGCUAUCGUUGCGUUGUAAGAGAAAAAAUCUGUGCGACAAACUGCGCAACAGUAGGAGCACGAGUGAGAAACGUACGGUAAGUUAUGAGUACAAGUACCUGUACGAGUACUACGUACGAGAAAGGGUAUUAAAACUCUUGAAUGCCAUCAUCAUCACAAACGGUUUUUCAGAAAACUCCUUCCUGCCUGAAUCUGUUUGGCUUGUCGAAGGCAAUUUGAUCGAUUAAUCGGUCGAUCGAUAUCUUCCUUCUUUCACUGAAUCGCAAUCGGGGCAGAUAGACGCGUGACGAAUACAAUUUGAUCAAAUCUGACCGAACCGAACAAAGUCAAACAGACCCAUUGAAAUGGAUGCUGGAUCGACGAGUUGUUCUGCCUGUGCUACUGCUACCCAUCCUUGCGUGACUCCAAAAGCAUAACAGCAACCAUCGCAACCGGCAUCCCGACCCCCGAUUGAUAAAGAUCUGCGCAAACAUUUACGACAGAUACACACAAAAGACCCAUAGACGUCCACAGCACAAACACACAAACUUACGCAUACAGAGAUACAGACGAUCAAACACAAACACCCACCCACCCACACAACAAAACAAAACAAAACAAGCAUGGCCCAGCUGAACCAAAUCCUGUGGUCCAAUAUCACGUGGGGGGCGUGCGGAAUUUUCUUCCUUUGCCUCUUCGGCAUUGCUAUCAAGUUCGAAUGGAAUUCCCAGUUGACCCCCAAGGCCUGGAACAGGCCGCGGAACGUCCUGAAGAACGUCUUAAAGAGGCACAAAAUCUUCGGGUGCAUCAACUUCUACCCCUUUACAUGGUGCAUAUGGGCCGCCCGGCUCAGUUAUCCCCAGGCGAUGGAGGGCAUCCCCGGAACGGGAACCCGGGACGAUGGCUGGAGCGGGCCGACCAUGAAGAUGAAUCUCGACGGGAUCAUCCUGCUCAAGUUCCACAAGAUGCUCUUCAAGAUCGGGAUUUUUGCCUCACUCCUGGCCUGCGGAAUAUUGCUCCCDGUCUACACUUCUAGCGUCUGCGACCCCCUGGUAGUGGGAGAACGGGAGUGCCAGCGGCUAGCGAGCCUGACGGACUUUGAGAACCUGACAAUUUCCUACGUUCCGGAGGUCCGGAUCAGCACCGAGGGUUCCCUGCCGAGCAAUGCCACCAACAACAAUUGGUGGGACGAGGAGGAGGAGAGGGAGGGCAACAACGACGAAGACGGCACGGACUCCGCCAAGGCCUCCGGUAGCAGGCUUGGCUUUCUCAGAUCAAAGAGCAGCGGCACCGCUGCCCCGACACAGGCCUUCCUCCGCAACAACAACAACAAGCCGCAGCUCAUCGACGAGGACGGAAACAUCAUCAUCCCCCCGGAACCCAUCGCGACGCAGCACACCGCGAACUCCAAGUGGGUGCCGGGAAUCUCGUGGAGGCACCUGACGACCGCGGUGUGCUCGGUCCUGAUCUACGCAUACACGUGCUGUAAGUUUCGAAUCGAAUCACUCUGCGUAGUUUGAGUGUCGAAUGAAAUUCUUUUGAUUCGUAUUCUUUGGAUUUUGAGUUGGCACAUGCGUGAUCAUGAUUCCUUCUUCUCGAAACAUGCAAUUGCAUAUUUUGUAUUUAAUUCAGUUGCUAAUGGUUAGCUGCUGUUUUUUUCACUUUUCUUCCUUUUUAUGCCGAUCGGUCGACUUCGAUAACAAUUGAAAUGCAUGCAAACAUUACCAACACAACAACUAACUUACAUGGUGUGCAUCAUGGAAUCAAAAUACACGACAAUGAAAAUGCAAUUCUAUGUGCAAUCUCCUGUGCAAACCCUUUGAUAAUGGCGUGUUUGCAACUCCCAAAAAUAUCACAACAAUUAACAGACUUGUUGUGGCAUGAAUGGAUCGACAAUCUGGCGCUGCGGAGGGUCUACUUUCUUGAAUCCGAUCACUACGUACACCGCAUGCAGGAACUGGACGACAUAGCCAACCUGCAGACCAAACCAGAGGAUCCAGUCAUCGCCAAGCGGCCGCCUUUUGUCCCACACCCCGAAAUGAGGGAGGUUCCGCCCAACGUCAGCCUCUAUAGCGUCCUAUACCAGCUUCCGGUUUCACUACUGACGUUUGACACGGACGGGGCCACGCAGAUGGAUCGGCAGCUGGUGGCGACGGUCCGCUUCUUCAACGAAUGCGUUCCGGCGCAGCCAGGCUACACAUCGAGCGUUGUGGCCGCUACCAUCAUUCCGGACGCGGCGCGGGUUGCCAAGUGCUGGACCAAGUGGUACCGAAUGGAAAAGAAGGUGCGAAUGGUCCGGUACAUACGAAAGAUACUCCUCAAAAAGCAACAAAAAUUAGAAGAGGGCACCACGGAUAUUUAUGACGACGUCAAGCAGGCCCUCAAGAACUCGAACCACUCCAUGAAGACGGUCGCCCAGAGGGCCUAUCGACGAGUCUCGCGGACCGCAUCCGCCGCGUUGAAGAAUAAUGGCAGCAGUAUGGAUCCAUCAGGCAACAUGGAGACGAACAGUACCACAACGACCCUUGAGAUGACGAGCCUUGUGGGGGAGCACACAGAGGAAAAAAUACCCCUCGUGUCGCCGGGUUCCUUUCCACACGUCAAUGAAAACGGCCGGGACAACUCUCCGGCAGUCGAAACAAACCCUCUCCCUGGGAGUGAUGCGGAAACAUUGGAAGCAUUUGGAUCUGGUAUUUCUUUUGCAGCCGGUGAAGAGGUAGGUGACGAGGACAAGGCUGGCAGCGACGUCGACGGCGGUUUCUGGCAGAAUUUCUUUGGGGGAAAUCGAAGCGAUGGCGAGGCAGCAAUAGCCGAUGAUAGAGAUCGCAUACAGCACGACUCCGAAGAAUUUUUGGAGGGGAGUUUUGUUGGCGAUGACUCCGCCACUGACAUUGAGACGAAGGGAUCACAGUCCCUCGAGUUAGAUCAGAGCAUGAACUCUUCAUUGGAUCGUCGAGACAUCUCGCGUAGCAGCAGUGGUAAAUUUUGCGGUGCUCUCACCCAUGGAUUCAAGUACGAAGACUAUGAUGUGAAGCAGUACGCCAAAACUGUUUCCCACGGCGAAGAAAGCGAGCUCAUCGAUAUUGUGGACGGACUUGGCAUAGAGGAAUUGAGCGUGUUUGCCCGGGAGUAUGCACAGUCAUCCUCCAGUCCGUGCCCACUUGGUUGCUUUCCGAACUCGCUAAAAUUCCUGGACAUGGACGAACUGAGAGAGAUAGAAGAGUCACUUUGGGCCGAAAUCAAGAUCUUGAACGAGGAACUCAUCGAGGCUCGAGAAAAUGUGAUUAAACUUGACGACGAUUUCGAGGUGGAGCCGACGAUGAUAUCGUCUGCAGCUUUCGACAACGACGACCAAACAGUUGGUUCUCAGGGCAUCGAUGAAAGCAUUUCAAACGAUAGCGAURUUCUUYUUGAUAGUCCAUCGUCUCGGAAAACGCGUCUCUGCAAGCUACGGAAUCGAGCUGCCGUGACAACAAAUCACCAACAAUGGGAGAAAGCGAAGGAAGUUGCCAAAAGCAUGAAGGAGAUCAUCCCCCAGACAACCUUUCCCAAGCGAAUUUCUGUGGUUUUCAAACCGAUAAUGCCUCCCAUCGCAAGAGCGUUCGCAUCAUGUGGUGGCCGGUACAAUCCCUGCUUCAAGGAAACUCUCAACUCCCUCCCCAAGUACUAUGGACAAAUGAAAGGAGCUGGUAGGGCCUUCGUUACUGCUCUAGAUCACCCGUCGUACGCGGUGGUUACCUUUUCAUCGCGACAGGCUGCUAUUGCGGCGAGGCAGUGCUUGGCGGACGGAGGAGCGAAUAACUCCUGGCAGCAGAUUGAUGAGAUCCCCAUCCCACCGCUCGCCGAUGCCCCGCCGCGAAAUAUAUUGUUUUGCCGGGGAUGCUGGUAAGUUAUCUACGAGUUGUAUUGUACUCCUGUUCCGCGCCACUAUAGUGGUAGCGAAACAUAUUAGCAACGGAUGUUUCAGGGUUUUCACGAAAUUAAUUUAAGCAGAUACAGAAUUUGCAAAAGUAUCUUUCAACUUACCAGGAAUCGCUUUCUUAUUUUCUUGACGAACCCGAUUGUUUAUUCAGUCGACCAGUCACACUGACAAUAAACGUAAGCAAAUCAUGACUGCCAUGACAAUCUUCUGUGUACAAUACUAUUGUGGCAUACAGUCUCCGUCUUAUUUUUCGUUUCUAUUUUAUUCGUCCAAUCAACAUGAAGUACAAGGAAAAGAAAUGCCGGCGUUGGAGGUAAGUCACUUGUUGAGCUAACAAAAAUCGCAUCUAAACUUUGUAUUUCUUUCCGUUUGCUCACCUUUGAAAAACACUCAAUUCGUUCUUUCUAGUAUUUAUCUCUUCAUGCUCUUCUUUUGCUGUUUUUACACAAUACCGUUAGCGUAAGUUGACGCGGGAUCCUUUCUCCAGAUUCAGAUCUUUCGUAUCUUUCAAAUCUCACGUCAAUGGCGUCGCAUCCUGUCGUAGUUUCAUUUCCUUGUUGUUGAAUCCGCGAUGGUUGGUAAAAUUCUUCCCCAAUUCCAGGUCACUUAAUGAUCCAGAUAAUGUUUUGUACCGUGCAUUAGCAGGGCCUGCAUCAGGUCUGUGUACCACUUUGUUCAUGGCGCUGCUCCCACAAAUUUUCAAAUUAGUGGCGUACUCGGAAGGGACAUCAAGUAGUCUCGAAAUGGCGGAACGAAAAGCGCUACUUUUCAUGUGGUAUUUCAUGCUCAUCACCGCAUUUUUUGGACAAUAUCUCGCAACAAUGCUCAUCCAAUGGUAUUAUCAUGGUACGUCAUGUUGCAAUGCCUCCUUGCUUUCACAAAUGAUAUCUGUUCUAAUUUCAACGCCGUUUGUUUUCUUGAUACUUGCGAAAAAAGCUGGUGUGACACACAUCACGCAGAGCCUUUGGUCAACGGUGAAUACGGUCGCCACGUUGAUCCCGUCUCACAUUGCCCCGCAAUGGCUGAAUUGGAUCAUCAUUCGUUAUGGCUUCAUUUGGCCCGGAGGCUACUUUUUCCAAAUGAAUACGUUCCUGACGAAGAUAUCGGGUUUGACGUGUCUUAAUCGUGUUGCAAGGGGAGGGUAAGCAAUAGAUGUCACUUUUGGAA